UAGCUGUACCAGCCCACCCCGCCAUCAAUCGUCAGCAGUCAAACAUCAUCCCCUCCAAAGCCACCGUCGUCGACAGCAGGAUCACCACCAGGGCCGGAAAGCGAUAGUAGAGAGCUACUCCUAUCGCUAGCAAAGACAGGUUAUCAAGAUGGCGGCGCCCGAGGUUCAUCAUCUUUUCCACAAUCCAAUUGCCGACCACUCGUUCUCGGCCGAUCGCAAGACGCUCGCAAUUGCCCGCGACACGACGGUAGAGCUCUACUCCAGGGUCGGAAAUGCCUUCAAAUUGAAGGAUGAGCUCAAGGGUCACGACAAGACAGUAACAAGCAUCGAUAUUGCGCCCAACUCAGGCCGCAUCGUGUCCUGCUCGCAAGAUCGCAACGCCCUCGUAUGGGAACCCACUCCGCAGGGCUACAAGCCGACGCUGGUCCUGCUACGCAUCAACCGUGCCGCCACAUUUGUGCGCUGGUCGCCAUCUGAGACCAAGUUCGCUGUCGGAUCCGGAGACAGGCUCAUUGCCGUCUGCUACUUUGAGGAGGAGAACGACUGGUGGGUAUCGAAGCACUUGAAGAAGCCAAUCCGCAGCACCGUCACCACGGUAGCAUGGCAUCCCAACUCGGUGCUCCUUGCCGCCGGGUCGACGGAUGCGCAUGCGCGCGUCUUCUCAAGCUUCAUCAAGGGCGUGGACGCAAGACCCCAGCCUACCGCCUGGGGCGAGAGACUGCCCUUCAACACUGUUUGCGGCGAGUACCUGAACAACUCGGCCGGAUGGGUCCACGCCGUCGCCUUCUCGCCGAGCGGUGAUGCCCUGGCUUUUGCUGCGCACGACAGCAGCAUCACGGUGGUCUACCCGAGCGCCCCCGAGCAGCCGCCCCGGGCUGUGGUCACCAUCAACACGCAGCUGCUGCCCUUCAUGAGCCUGAUAUGGAAUGGCGAGGCUGAAAUCAUUGCCGCGGGCCACGACUGCGAGGCGUUCCGCUUCAAGGGCGGGUCUGACGGCUGGCAACUGAGCGGCACGCUAGAGGCCAAGGGGCGUCCCGGCAUGGGUGACGAGCGGGAGGAGUCGGCCCUGAACAUGUUCCGGCAAAUGGACUUGAAAGGGAAAGUCAAGGACGACACGCAGCUCAAAACAGUCCAUCAGAACACCAUCACCAUGCUCCGGCCGUACGAAACGUCCGGGUCGUCGGUGAAGAAGUUCAGUUCGAGUGGAGUGGACGGACGUGUCGUUAUUUGGAACGUGUGAGGGGGCUGUAGAGCCUGUAGGAAUGGCAAGUCCAAAGAUUCAAUGGGACUCACUGUCUGAGACAAGCAUGUUGAACUCGACUACACGUUUAUAUCCGCGUGAAUUUCCCAACAUAUGUCUUCACGUGAGACGCCCGACCGACAUAGCCAGACUCAGAGUUGUCGCCAAGAACCGCUUGAUUUUUCUCCUGUUCCCUUGUAUGUGCCUGGUUCCCGUUUUUUCCGGGCUUGUCCUAGUAAUGCACAUCGUACUAGGUAGAGCACGAUUUCAUCAGGGGGUACCACUGGCAUGGUUGGAGCCCGCCUCGCUCCAAGUGACUGUACCAUGAAGGAAGAGAUUCCUUUAAAGAAUGGGCGCAUACGGAGUAACUGCAAGUGCGAUCCUCUCACUUCGGACCCGGGGCUGCCCGUGUCCGACAUGGUAUUGCAGCUCCUGCCGAAAACGUGGAAUGAUUGGGU